AGCAAAUAGUCAGACUUAAACAUGGUGGACUAAUUACACUGGUCUCAGGUGUGCGCCUCGAGCCAGUCUCUGUCUCCUUUCAGCUGUCAGUGUUUUAAUGUGCUCCUAUAGAAGAGCUUCUGUAUUUUGUUUGAAAUCCGCAGUUUGAUGAUUUUUGCCCGAAAUGGGUAAACUUAAUUUUUACGUUAUUUGGUCUCUACGCGACGCUCCCCGACAGUUUAUGAGUAAAUCCAAUCGCAGGUGUUUUCAGGUGCAUGUCCCGCUGCCUCUUCCCAAACAGCUCGUCAUCUUCGGUCUUGGAGAGUGGGAAAAUAACGAGACCACCAUAUCAGUGGAGGUCCUGGUCAGUACUAAUGUACAGGCCCAGAACAUAGGGGCUCUGUCCUCGUUAUCAAGGUGUCUGACUUGGGAAGGCGAGUGGAAUCAUGAAAUUGCUUCAGUGGCAGCAGAAAGAGGCAGGAAGGGUGUAUAUGGCAAGAUUGUGCUCACUGUGUGUGGGCAGGAUGAAGACAGGGUCUUCAGUAGCACUUCACUUGUGCAUAAAAUAUGCUCAUUCCCACAAGGACACAAUGAAGUGGAUCUCUCCAGCACAAUACAUCAGAGCACCAUAAAUGAAAUGAUGACUCAGAACUGCUCACAGUUGGGGCACAGUGUUUGCUUUGGAGAGAUUCAAGUAAAUAAAAUUGACACCAGUGAUUGUAGUGUACCAAGUCGACCGUCAGCUUGGCCUACGGACAAGACUCCCAGACGGACAAUAAUCAGUAAAAGAGGUCACCUGACCUGGAGCUCUGAGGACAUGGACGGCCCUGGUGAAGAUCUAACACAGACAUCCACUCCCAAGAAGAAGCUCUUGUCACGUAUGAACAGUCAGGACGAAAUGGCUGAGCAGAUAAAGAAUGAGAACAGAGAAGUGUCAAUGUGUCCAUCAAAGCGUUGGAGCCAUACAAUGUGUCUGAUUGACCCAGACACUGCUGUUCUCAUCGGAGGAGAGACAUCAGAUCACAACUACUGUAAAGAUUCACUGUGGAAAUUGGAGCUUGACAAUGACUUCUGGUUUCCAGUGAAUUCCUCUGCUUCUGGUUAUGUGCCACCAUGUGCUCGGGGCCACUCUGCGACCUUUGACCCUGAUUCAAAAUCUGUCUUCAUCUAUGGUGGCCUGAGGGAGGGUCUUUCUUACAAUGAACUGUACAUUUUAAACACUAUGACCUGGAAGUGGACUCUUGUCAAAACUAAGGGGAGUGUCCCGACUUUGGCGUAUCAUUCUGCUGCCUUUUAUAAGAAGGAGCUUUUUGUGUUUGGUGGGGUUAAGCCAAGCACCUCCUCUGGAGAGAGAAACUGCAGCAAUGCUCUGCACAUAUUUAACCCUGAGUUUGGCCUGUGGUACCAGCCCAUUGUGGAGGGAGAAAGACCUCUGCCACGCUUUGGGCAUUCAGCCACUCUGCUCUCCCAGAAGUUAUUUAUUUUUGGUGGCAGAAAAACGGCAACAUACCUUAACGAUCUUCACAUUCUUGAUCUAGGCUUGAUGGAAUACACAGCUGUGAAGUGUGAGAACAUGCCUCCACUGCCUCGGGGGUUUCAUGCAGCAGUCCCUCUUUCAGACAACAGAAUUUUAGUAAGUGGUGGUUGCAGUGCCAUUGGAGCCCUUCAGGAUGUCCAUAUCAUUAAUAUAGAUACCAGAAUGUGGAUGUCACUGGCUUCUCCUUUGCUUGCCUCCAAACCCCGAGCUGGGCAUAGCAUUAUCACUCUGGGCUGCUCCGCUUCACCUCGCACAGAGAAACAUAAGGACAAGCAGGGACCAAUCACCACUCAGUGUGAACUUGUGGUAUUUGGUGGAUCUGACUGCGCCGGAACCUUUUACAAUGAUACAAUAAAGUGCACAGUGGAGAUUACUAGUGAAGAUUGAGAGAAAACACUUAACAAUGACCAAAUCUGAUCCAAUCCUUUGUAUCACAACUUUUAAUAAAGUUUUAUAUUCAAAUAAUAAAAAUGACCUUUUAUGAGAU